AUGCUACAGACUUACCAACCUUCAGUCGUGGCGUUCUCGGUUCAAGCGAAAAUAAUUCAGUACGAAAAUAUUACUUUUAGGAAUCGCAUCAACUACGUGAGCGUGGGCGGGGACGACCUGCUGCCGCUGGAGGGGUCGCCGCUGCGCGAGCUGCGCCUGGCGCUGUGCCAGCUGGAGUGGGUGAACGCGUCGGCGCUGCGCCCGCUCCAGCGCCUGCGCGCGCUGCACCUGGGCCAGAACGCGCAGCUCAACGCCAGCGUGGUGGCCGCCCUCGUGCAGCGCAUGGCCGACGACGGCGCGCCCCUCGACUUCCUCGGCCUCAACGAGAUGGGGUUCCGCAGCGCGCCGCCGCGCGACGUGUUGGAGGCGGCGGGGGCGGCGGGCGUGGCGUCGCUGGUGCUGGCGCGCAACCAGUUCCCGGUGGUGGCGGCGGGCGCGUUCCCGCGCAUGCCGCGCCUGCGCCACCUCGACCUGAGCGAGUGCCUGGUGGUGGCGGUGGAGGAGGGCGCGCUGGCCGCCGACCGCCUGCCCGCGCUGCGCUCGCUCGUGCUGGCCGGCAACCAGCUCACCGGCGUGCUGCCCGGCGUGCUCCCGCCGCAGGUGGCUACCUUGGAUCUGUCGCUGAAUUCACUAGAUCGCAACCGACGGUCCGUGGUGUUCGACCUCGGCGAAGGCCGGUUCGUCAACAUGAGCAACCUCAUCUACCUCAACAUCUCCUUCAACAACAUCAACACCAUCACUCCGCGCACCUUCAAGGGGUUGGCAGGCCUGCGUGAGGUGCUGUGCCUUCAAAACUCCUCCAUCGUCGAGAUCCACCCAGGGUCUUUCAAAGAACUCGGGAACCUGACGUUCUUGAACCUGGAAAAGAACCCGUUUCCGGAAUAUUCCGGACUCACUGCUGGAACUUUCGAAGGACUGGAGAGUUUGGAAGUGCUGCUUCUCGCCGAAUGCGGAAUCACGAACUUCAGUGACCCCGAUGUCUUUUCGGCGCUAGGUUCGUUACAGUAUUUGAUGCUAGAGAACAACUACAUAUCCAGUGUGUCUCGCGACGUCCUCUCACCGCUUACAGGACUACGAGGACUUGACCUAUCACACAAUCGCAUGGAACCGUGGAUUGAAGAGGAACUCUUCUCCGGCAAUCCCAACCUCUCCAUCGUCUUUCUCGCCGACAACAAACUCACGUACCUCAGCCCAGUCAUGUUGGAAGACUUCUCCAAGCUCGGUCACCUCGAUAUCUACGACAACCCGUUCAGCUGCGAGUGUGAGCCGUUCUAUCACGGGAAGGAGUGGCUCAGCAGAAACAACCUGUCCCUCGAGAGAAUAUUUUCUCCAGGAAGAGCCCCUCUAUGUUAUACGCCGGACAGUUGGAGAAACAAAUUCAUCACGGAUUUUAUCCAGCUGUCGGAGUUCGACGGGGAGUGCCCGAUUUGGGCGAUAGAAGGCACGCGAGCUUACAUUAUAGUAGGCGUGGUCCUCGGGAUGCUGAUGGUGCUCGGAUCUGUGUGUGGAGCCAUGGCGUACAAGUAUCGAUCGCACAUUCGAUACUGGAUGUUCCUCGCUCGACGUGAUCUCAGAAGGAGAGGCAUCACGCUGCAAAAAGAACGGAGAAGACGUUUCUGCAAGGGUUACACGAACUAUCAAUACGACGCUUUCGUGUCGUACAGCAGCGAAGAUCGGAACUUCGUCGUGCGGUUGGUGGCCAUGUUGGAAAACUACGAGCCUCACCUCAAACUGUGCGUCUACGAGCGGGACUUUCAAAUCGGGACGGUGAUUUCCGAAGCUGUCCUCGAAAGCGUCGCCUGCAGCAGACGAACUCUACUAGUUAUCAGCGAUGCAUUCGCGCGGUCCCAGUGGUGCAUGUGGGAGCUGAGAUUAGCGGAACAUUACAGUUUAUUUUUUGACGACGACGACAGUGGCGCCGGCUGCGGUGCAAUCAGGAACCAAGACCCGCUCGUGAUGGUGAAGCUGGGCGACGUUGCCGCGUCUCACAUGACGCCGACGCUGAAGCACUUGUUGCGAACCAGGGUGUACCUGGAUUGGGAUCCGGAGCCCAGGAAACAAAGGCAGUUUUGGGAGAAGUUGCGAGCGGCACUAGCCCCGCCGCCACCGCCUGCUGCGGUAAAGACGAAUACUACAGGGUGUCUCUAAAGAAAGUUCCACUUUCUCGAGUAGCAAUAAACUUAGACAAGACACUAACUCGCAGAAGUUAUGAUACGGACGAUGCUUGAUGCAGAAAUAAGAGUAACUUUUUUCCGUACUGCAAAGACGUAAAUUUUGUGUUUACGAUUUCACAAUUUUUGAAAAAAGGACUAGUAUUGAGUUUUUCGAUACGCAGAUGACUUACUCCUCUCACUACGAAAAGUUGGAAAUAUUUCAUAUAACAGACUCCAGGAGGAGCACUAAUAGUGUUUGAUCGAUAUAAUAUCACGACUUACUGUAUUUCAUUACAGAUAUCUUCAAAGAAGAAACUGUCAAUGUAUUUUCCUUUCAGUAAAUGAUCUGGGAAUCCGUUUACUACUGUUAAGUAUUAUUAAAAAUUCAUUUACAAAAUAGGGUUACCUGGAAGAGAUUUGUUUUUAAAUUUCCAAGAAGUAUGUGACUGCUUUUCAAUAUGAAAUCAAACAACUCUUACAAUUCUUUUCACAUUCUCUAUCUGAAGCUCAAAACGUAAGUUUCAUUAAUCAAGUAUCCAGGCUUUGGUACAAUAAAAACGUGAUGAUAUGCAAAAUCCAUGAAGAACAGAAUACAAUUGGUAUUGAGUGUAGUGAAAACAAGAUAUUCUCUACUUAAUAAAUGUAUGAGGAGUAAAUCGAUGUUUUUGAAGUAGUCAUUGAGUGAUUUCAAAGCAAUCAAGUAUUAACGACUGAAACAAUGUUUCCAGUAAUAAGUGUUUAACAUAUUUGGUAAGAAAGUUUAAGGACAUUGAAAUGUCCUUGAUAGUAGUCAAUUAUAAUGACAAAAAAUGGUUUAAUAAUAGUCAAAGUAAUACAUAGCAGGAUGUGUAUGAGUUGCUACGGAUGUAUUGAGUAUUAUCCGUGUUCGUUGGGAAGGAACUCGACUAAGUCAAGGUAUUUACAAUAGACUCAUUUGAAAUAUCGAGUGUGUGUUAGUUAUGAAGAAAGAAAUGUUUUUGAGUUUGUUUGUGUUUACAGUUUUUGUUUGAAAAAUGUAAUAUGUUGUGUCAAGGUGAAAAUGAAUAUUAGAAAUGUUGAUUUUUUAAAAAAAUCAUUUCCUCUGAAUGGGAGGUUUCAAUCUUUUAUUAAUGUUACAUUUUAAAGUUGAAUGAAUGACUCUUUAGAAAUGGAGUGAACAUGAAGUCAACACAUUGUAUAAAGUGUGUCAGUGAUAAAUGAAACAGGGAAAUAGAAAUCGAGAGAAACCUUGGGGUGUGUACAGUGUAAUAUACGGGAAAAGGGAAAUUGUGAUAAAAUGUUUUAAAUAUGUAAUAAUAAAAUGGUACAGUAUGCAUUAAUACAGUAUGCAUUAAUUACAAGAAACAAGUACAACAGCUUUCCGAAUAACUCUGAAUCCAGUGUUUUCAAUAGGCGUUAUAUUCAAGAGAAAGUUUGAAAGUUGCCAAUAAAUGAAGGAGCAAUUAGGUGCGCGUGACAAUUCUUUUAAAAAAGGGAAAGAACAGUUACAGGACCCUACUUCAUCUUUUUUAAUGCAAAAGCUUGCUUAAAAUCAAAGGAACAUGAUGAUUACCCAAAUUUCACAAUCAAUGAUGGUCGAAAAAUACUUUUCCAUUUUUUUUACAUCUCCAAUUCAUUCAAUGCAAUACAGUUCAAUGCAAACAAAAAUAAUCAUUGAUUUCGAUCGUGUUCGAUGAAACAUCUUUUAAAUUUUUCUCCACUGGAAAGUCACAUAAUUCGCAAGUGUAUGAAAAUGAAUGACUGCAAUUUCCUCAAACUAUUUCUAAUAAUACAAUCUUGUAUAAUCUUCAAAUUUAUAUUCUGGAAAGCGGCGUUUUUUAGUUAUGACAUUUUAAUGGGCUUUAUGUAGGUCAAUGUUUCUGCCUAUUGAUUAGACUUAUCGGAAUCUCACGACGUUUAACUCGUAAAAUAGAAACACUUCCGCUAAGCAUUAUUCUAAAUCUACCAUUUGGG